GGGCGGCCGCGCUCCACCAUGCCGCUCGCCCGGCCCGGGCGGCUGCUCGCCGCGGCGGCCCCGCGGCGCUACCGGGCCGGCGGCCCCGCGCCCCACGUCGCCGAGCGCCUCCGCGUCUUCGAGCGGCUGAAGGCGGCGGCCGAGCAGCAGCAGCAGCAGCAGCCGGAGGCGGCGGCGGGGUCCGGGCGGCCCAUCUGCAUCUCCCUGCCCGGCGGCGCCCACCUGCCCGGCCGGGCGCUGCAGACCACCCCGCGCCAUGUGGCCGUGCAGCUCGGCGCCCGGGCGGCCCUGGUGGCCCGCGUGGACGGGGCCCUACACGACCUCGACCGGCCCCUGCGCGCCGACGCCGCCCUCGAGCUCCUCGACUUCGACGCCCCGGAGGGCCGGGAGGUUUUCUGGCGCUCGGGCGCCCGCGUCCUGGCGGCCGUGGCCGAGCAGUUUUACGGGGCCCCGUUGUGCGGCGCCGACGCCACCGACAGCGGCUUCUUCUGCGACGUCUACCUGGAGGGCAGGACGGUGCAGCGCGACGAGCUGCCGGCGCUGGAGGAAGCCUGCAGAGCCUUCGCCCGAGGCCGGCACCCCUUCGAGCGGCUGGAGGCGACGCGGGAGCAGCUGCUCGAGCUGUUCCGGCACAACGAGUUCAAGCUGCGGCAGAUCGAGGAGGAGGUGACGACGGAGACGGCCACCGUGUACCGGUGCGGGCCGCUGGUGGACCUCUGCGGCGGCCCCCACGUGCGGCACACGGGGCUCAUCCGAGCCCUGCGCGUCCUGACGAGCUCGGCCGCUUUCUGGAGGGGCGACCCGGCGCGGGAGUCGCUGCAGCGCGUCGCCGCCGUCGCCUUCCCCAGCGCCCAGCUCCUGGCCGAGUGGGAGCAAGCCCAGGAGGAGGCGGCGAGCCGGGACCACCGCCGCAUCGGCCGGGACCAGGAGCUGUUUUUCUUCCACAAGCUGAGUCCCGGGAGCUGCUUCUUCCUGCCCCGAGGCGCCCACGUCUACAACGCCCUGCUGGACUUCAUCAAGGCCGAGUACCGCCGGCGGGGCUUCGCCGAGGUGGUGACGCCCAACGUCUACAACGCGGAGCUGUGGGAGCGCUCGGGGCACUGGCGGCACUACGGCGAGCACAUGUUCUCCUUCCGCGCCGACGGCCAGACCCUCUCGCUCAAGCCCAUGAACUGCCCGGCCCACUGCCUCAUGUUCGCCCACCGGCCCCGCUCCUGGCGCGAGCUGCCGCUCCGGCUGGCCGACUUUGGCGUGCUGCACCGCAACGAGCCCUCGGGCACCCUGGCCGGGCUGACGCGGGCGCGCCGCUUCCAGCAGGACGAUGCCCACAUCUUCUGCACCCUGGCGCAGCUGGAAAGCGAGAUCGGCGGCUGCCUGGACUUCGUGCGCGCCGUCUACGCCGUGCUGGGCUUCAGCUUCCGCUUGGUCCUCUCCACCCGCCCGCUCCGCUUCCUGGGCGACGCCGGCACCUGGGACCGCGCCGAGCAGCAGCUGGAGAAGAGCCUCCGGGAUUUCGGGCAGCCCUGGGAGCUGAAUCCGGGCGACGGAGCCUUUUAUGGCCCCAAGAUCGACAUCCGGAUUAAGGACGCGCUGGGACGCUCCCACCAGUGCGCCACCAUCCAGCUGGAUUUCCAGAUGCCGGAGCGCUUCGGGCUCACGUACGCCAGCCCGGACGGCGGCGCGGCGGAGCGGCCGGUGCUGAUCCACCGGGCGGUGCUGGGCUCCGUGGAGCGGAUGCUGGCCAUCCUGGCCGAGAGCUACGGCGGCAAGUGGCCGCUCUGGCUCUCGCCCAUGCAGGCCAUGGUGAUCCCGCUGGGGCCCGAGGCCGAAGGCUACGCUCGCCGGGUGCUGGGCGCGCUGCGCAGCGAGGGCUUCGCCGCCGACCUGGACGCCGACGCCGGCGCCACGCUGAGCCGCAAGAUCCGGCGGGCUCAGCUGGCCCAGUACAACUUCCAACUGGUGGUGGGCGCCGCGGAGCAGGCACGCGGCACCGUCAGCGUCCGCACGCGGGAGAACCGGCGCCUGGGCGAGCGGGAGCUGCCGGAGGUGCUGCGGCGGCUGCGGGAGCUGCGGGACGCCCGGGUCGCCGACGCCGAGGAGCGUUUCUGAGCCGCGGCCGCCGCCGCCGCCGCCGCCGCCGUGCCGCCGCCGCGCAUUAAAGUGCUGGGAAGCGCC